UUCCAAUCUCUCCGAGCGUUCCUGAACGCCUCAGUUGGCUGAGUGGCUCAGUGAAGAUGGCGGACUGUAUACGUGUUCCUCUGAUUUUGCUGGUGAUGUGCAUCUUUUCACUGGCGCAUCAAGUUCGAGGAGGUGAAAACAACGGUGUCGGCAGGCUCAGUGUUAUUGGAGACAACCCCGCAAAUCCUGCAGCAGGUCCGGGUCCCGGAGCAAACCAGGGAGCCGCUGAGAGGAACCAGGCAGCGGGGGCCUCGUUAAGUCGGAGGCGCUCUACCGGCUGGAAGCUGUCCGAUGAGGCAGUAUGUAGGGAGGAUCUGACCCGGCGUUGUCCGAAACAUUCCUGGAACAACAACCUGGCGGUACUAGAGUGUCUGCAGGAUAAAAAGGAGGAUUCUGAAAUUGCCGCCGACUGUAAUCAUCUUCUGUGGAACUACAAGUUAAACCUCACCACCGAUCCGAAGUUUGAGUCUGUAGCUGUGGAGGUCUGCAAGACGACCAUUUCUGAGAUUAAAGAAUGUGCUGCAGAGGAGCUGGGGAAGGGCUACCUGGUCUCCUGUCUGGUGGAUAACCGUGGAAACAUCACUGACUACCAGUGCAACCAGUACAUCACCAAGAUGGCCAGCAUCAUCUACAGUGAUUUUCGGUUGAUUUGCGGCUUCAUGGACAAAUGUCGGGAAGACAUCAACACUCUGCACUGCGGCAGCAUCAGCACCGGGGAGAAGGACGUCCAUUCUCAGGGGGAAGUGAUUGCCUGUCUGGAGAAGGGUUUAGUCCGUGAGGCUGAGGAGCAACCAGGCGUGCACCGCAUCAGAGACGACUGUAAGAAGGCCAUCAUGAGAGUAGCUGAGCUGUCCUCUGAUGAUUUCCACCUUGACCGAUACCUGUACUUGGCCUGCAGAGACGACCGGGAACGCUUCUGUGAAAAUACAGCAGCUGGGGAGGGCCGAGUUUAUAAAUGUCUGUUCAACCACAAGUUUGAGGAUGCCAUGUCUGAGAGGUGUCGUGAGGCAUUGACCACCAGGCAGAAGCUGAUUGCCCAGGACUACAAGGUGAGCUACUCUCUCGCCAAAGCUUGCAAAUCGGACCUGAGGAAGUACCGCUGCAACGUGGACGCAAACAUGCCCCGAGCCAAAGAGACGCGUCUGUCCUACCUGCUGCUGUGCCUUGAGGCUGCCGUGCACCGAGGUCGAGUGGUGAGUGGCGAGUGUCAGGGAGAAAUGAUGGAUUACAGGCGGAUGCUGAUGGAAGAUUUCUCCCUGAGUCCUGAGAUUGUGCUGCACUGCCGCAGUGAGAUAGAGAACCACUGCUCUGGUUUACACCGGAAAGGCCGGACGCUGCACUGCCUGAUGAGGGUCGGCCGAGGAGACAUGGAGGCCAUCGAGCCCACCUGCCAAAAAGCGCUCAAGGACCUGGUGCAGGAAGCAGACCCAGGAGCCGACUAUCGGAUCGACAGGGCGCUGAACGAGGCCUGUGAGUCUGUCAUCCAGACAGCCUGCAAACACAUCCGCAACGGAGACCCCAUGAUCCUGUCUUGUCUGAUGGAGCAUCUGUACACUGAGAAGAUGGUGGAGGACUGUGAGCACAGGCUGCUGGAGCUGCAGUACUUCAUAGCCAGAGACUGGAAGCUGGACCCCAUUCUGUAUAAGAAAUGUCAGGGUGAUGCGGCCAGACUCUGCCACACUCACGGCUGGAAUGAAACCAGUGAGCUAAUGCCAGCUGGGGCCGUUUUCUCCUGCCUGUAUCGCCACGCUUACCGCUCAGUGGAGCAGGGACGGAGGCUAUCGAGGGACUGUAAGGUGGAGGUCCAGAGGAUUCUCCACCAGAGGGCGAUAGACGUGAAGCUGGAUCCUGAGCUGCAGAGACGCUGCAUGGCCGACCUGGGAAAGUGGUGCAGUGAGAAGUCGGAGACUGGCCAGGAGCUGGAGUGUCUGCAGGACCAUCUGGAGGAUCUGGUGUCCGACUGCAGAGACGUAGUGGGGAAUCUUACAGAGCUUGAGUCGGAGGACAUUCAGAUUGAGGCUUUAUUAAUGCGAGCCUGUGAACCUGUAAUUCAAGGCUACUGUCAUGAGGUAGCAGACAAUCAGAUCGACUCUGGUGACCUGAUGGAGUGUUUGAUUCAGAACAAACACCAGAAGGAGAUGAAUGAGAAGUGUGCAGUGGGCGUCACACAUUUCCAGCUGGUUCAGAUCAAAGACUUUCGUUUCUCCUACAAAUUCAAGACCGCCUGCAAAGAGGACGUCCUGAAGCUUUGUCCCAACAUCAAGAAGAAGGUGGACGUGGUCAUCUGCCUCAGCACCACGGUGAGAAAUGACACCCUGCAGGACGCCAAGGAGCAGCGCGUGUCGGUCAAAUGCCGCAAACAGCUCCGAGUGGAGGAGGUGGAGAUGUCAGAGGACAUCCGUCUGGAGCCGGAGCUGUAUGACUCAUGUAAGCAGGACAUCAACCGGCUGUGUCAGAACGUGGCUUUUGGCAAUGCACAGGUGGUCGAGUGUCUGAAGGAGAACAAACGCCAGCUGUCUUCGCGCUGCCACCAAAAGAUCUUCAAGCUCCAGGAGGUGGAGAUGGUUGACCCUGAACUGGACUAUCAGCUGAUGAGAGUCUGCAAGCACAUGAUCCGGCGGUUCUGCACGGAGUCGGAGGGCAAGAACGUUCUUCAGUGUCUGAAACAGAACAAGAACAGUGAGCUGAUGGAUCCCAAAUGCAAACAGAUGAUCACCAAGAGACAGAUCACCCAGAACACAGACUACAGAUUAAACCCUGUGCUGAAGAAGGCCUGUAAAGCCGACAUCCCAAAAUUCUGUCAGUCUGUCCUGAACAAGGGAGCGACGGACACAGAGCUGGAGGGUCAAGUCAUCUCCUGCCUCAAACUCAAAUAUGCAGACCAGCGUUUGUCUCCAGACUGUGAGGAUCAGAUUCGGGUCAUCUUGCAGGAGUCGGCUCUGGACUACAGAUUGGACCCUCAGCUUCAGAUCCACUGCACCCAAGAGAUUUCAAGUCUGUGUCCAGAGGAGGCAGCAGCUCAGGAGCAGACGGGACAGGUGGAGGAGUGUCUGAAAAUCAACCUUCUGAAGAUCAAACAGGAAGCUUGUAAGAAGGAAGUGCUGAACAUGCUGAAGGAGAGCAAGGCGGACAUCUUUGUUGACCCUGUUCUCCACACAGCGUGCGCGCUGGACAUCAAACAUCACUGUGCUGCCAUCCCACCUGGCAAGGGGCGCCAGAUGUCCUGCCUGAUGGAGGCGCUGCAGGACAAACGUGUCCGUCUGCAGCCAGAGUGCAAGAAGAGACUCCAGGAUCGUAUCGACAUGUGGAGCUAUGCUGCUAAGGUGGCGCCAGCAGAGGGAUUCUCAGACCUGGCCAUGCAAGUGAUGACAUCACCGUCCAAGAACUACAUCCUCACUGUGAUUGGUGUGGGUGUGGCCCUGCUUUUCCUCGUUGGGAUGUUUUGUGGCAGAUUCACAAAACGAGUGACUCAGGAGCUGAAGGACAGCGAGGCUUUUUGAAGGGAGAAAGGAGAGAGACAGAUCUGAGUUCCUCCAGGCAUCAUCUUCAUCCAGCAGCUUGACUGAUGAGGGGGCUUGAUGAAAUUCUUGAUGAAAUUACAUUUUCAUUUAACAUUUUAUACAUCAGAAAUUUAAAGAUAUAAAGCUUAAGAUAAUUAGCUUUUUUUUGUCCAUCAGUAAAAGCAUCCAUGAAAGUUUUUAACUCUGAGUCUGCUGCUGGAGUUUGAGGCCUCAACUGCUGAAAGCUCGGCUAGUGGAGUUCUGCAGUUUGGGGGACAAAAUAGCAAAGCCUGCUGGAUAAGAUGCGUGCACGUGUGUGUGUGUGUGUGUGAGAGAGAGAGCAGAACACCUAGAUGACUGUAUAUGUGUCGUACGCUGUGCAUGUCGUGCAGUUGACUUGUACUGCUACAUUUUUCAUCUAGCCGAUUCUUAAAGCGUUCUGUGGUGAGUGCUGCCCUCGCUGCCUGCAACUCCAAACUUUCUUCUCAACUGCCUUUUUUCAGCCUUUUUCUUUUUUUUCUUUUUGUUUUUUUAAAUCAAAGUUGUGCCUAAAACGUCCCUGCAUUUCUCAUCAAAUGACAGGGUUGGUCAGAGAUGGACCAUGUCCACAUCAUGUGUUAAUUGUUGCCUGGAGUUUCGAACUCUGCAGGCGGUUUGGUCGUCUGUUUUAUGAUCCAGAGAGGUGAUGGAAAGUUUCUUUUUGUUUGUUUUUUUUAAGUUUGUGAUUGAAUAUAUGUUUUCUGUUUGGAUUCAUGAAACUUCUUGUUUUUCAGUUUUUGUGUCAUUUUGUUUCUCUGUACAGAAAACUAUGGACAGUUUCUUAUUAAUAAUAAAGUGUGCAAGGUUUCUA